AUGUUAUUCAUCUUCCUCCUGUACGUUGGCUUCGUUGCCGCCGAGAGUGGUAUCAAUGCUUGGCUUCGCUACGCCCCAUUGUAUUCUCAAAAUUCCACACCUUCUCUACCUUCCAGAAUUGUGUCACUCAACACCUCGGUGAACGAUCCUGUGCAUAUUGCUGGCAUCGAACUCCGAAAGGGCAUAUCCGGAAUCCUCGGCAAGAAUCUUAGCAUUACCACUCAUGAAACACACGGUGAUCCAUCGAUCAUCGUCGGAACUCUCAAUGAAUACUCCAACGUCUAUGGGCGCUCUGCAAAGAUUCCAUCCCUCGAAGCCGACGGUUUCUGGCUCAACACUACCGGCACUACCAUAGAGAUCCUUGGUCAGAAUGAACGAGGCGCACUUUACGGUGCUUUCGAAUAUCUGUCGAUGUUAGCCCAAGGAAACUUCUCCAAAGUCUCAUACGCCUCGAAUCCAAGCGCACCGGUGCGAUGGGUUAAUCAGUGGGACAACCUUGAUGGCUCCAUUGAACGAGGCUAUGGCGGACCUUCCAUCUUCUUUGAGAAUGGCCUUGUUCUCGACAAUCUCGAUCGAGUCUCAGAAUAUGCUCGCCUGUUAGCAUCUAUUCGAAUCAACGCCGUCGUUGUGAAUAAUGUCAACGCAAAUGCAUCCCUUUUAAGCCCUGCAAACGUGGAGGGACUCGGGAGGCUGGCCGAUACAAUGCGACCAUAUGGUGUUCAAGUGGGCAUUUCAUUGAACUUCGCCUCGCCAACAGCAAACUUGACCUAUGGAAACCUAACCACAUUUGACCCACUGGACAAGGGCGUCAUAUCCUGGUGGAACAAUGUCACAGACGCCAUUUAUCGCAGAGUCCCUGAUAUGGCCGGGUACUUGGUCAAGGCGAAUUCUGAAGGUCAACCAGGCCCCCUGACGUACAAUCGUACACUCGCUCAGGGCGCCAACUUGUUUGCGAAUGCCCUCCAACCUCAUGGAGGCAUCCUGAUGUUCAGGGCGUUUGUGUAUGACAAUCAUAUCAAUGAGAGCAACUGGAAAGCCGACCGUGCAAAUGCUGCAGUUGACUUCUUCAGAGGACUCGACGGGGAGUUUGCCGAUAAUGUCAUUGUCCAGAUCAAAUAUGGACCGAUCGAUUUUCAGGUUCGCGAACCGGCAUCGCCCCUUUUCGCACAUCUCCAAAACACUAGCACGGCGAUUGAGUUGGAAGUGACACAAGAGUACCUUGGUCAACAAUGCCAUCUCGUCUAUCUCCCGCCACUAUGGAAGACAGUACUCGACUUCGACAUGAGGGUAGAUCACAAGCCAUCGCUCGUCCGCGAUAUUAUUAGCGGUAAGCGUUUCGGUCGUCCUCUCGGUGGUUCUGCGGCGGUCGUGAAUGUUGGCACGAACCAGACAUGGCUAGGAAGCCACCUCUCCAUGUCCAACCUUUACGCGUACGGUCGCCUGGCGUGGAACCCGGCCGAUGACCCAGAAGCCAUGUUGCAAGACUGGAUUCGUCUGACCUUUGGACCAGACCCGGGCGUCAUGAAGACAAUCACAAGUCUGUCCAUGGCAUCGUGGCCUACCUACGAGAAUUACAGUGGCAAUCUAGGCAUCCAGACGCUGACGGACAUUCUGUACACUCACUUCGGACCGAACCCCCAGUCCCAAGACGGCAACGGCUGGGGCCAAUGGACUCGUGCUGACCAUACGAGCAUCGGCAUGGACCGGACAGUAAGCAACGGGACCGGCUUCUCCGGUCAAUACCCUGCAGAGGUCGCAGCCACGUAUGAAAACAUCAGCACGACCCCGGACAACUUGGUACUGUGGUUCCACCACGUCAACUACACCCACAAGCUCCGUUCCGGCAAGACGGUCAUUCAGCACUUUUACGACGCGCACUACGACGGAGCCGAUACUGCCCAGACGUUCGUCACCCAGUGGCAAGGGCUACGGGGAAAGAUCGACGAGGAGCGGUACAACGAGACCUUGUUCCGACUACAGUUCCAGGCCGGGCAUGCGAUCGUGUGGCGCGACGCUAUUGCCAAUUUCUACCACAACCUGUCUGGCAUCGCCGACUCUGCCGGCCGCGUCGGCCACCAUCCGUGGCGCAUCCAGGCCGAAAGUAUGACGCUGGACGGAUAUGUGCCCUACGCGGUAUCUCCAUUUGAAGCCGCGAGCAAUGCCACUGGAAUUGUGACGAGCUCAAACUCCACGACCGGCACUGCGUCGACGACGUUGAAUUUCCCCAAUGGCACAUACGACCUGGCCAUCAACUACUUUGACCUGAUGGGAGGGGUGUCGUCGUGGACCGUGUCUAUCAACAACGACACCGUUGGAAGCUGGGAGGCUGACAACGUAGACACUGGCAGGCUUGGGCACGCCGCGUCUGAAUACCUGGACGCGCAUUCGGCGACGAGAAUCACGUUCCGGAAUGUCACUGUCGCAAAGGGAGACGUGCUCAAGAUCGUCGGUACUCCUGAUGGAAUCGAGCCUGCACCGUUGGACUAUGUCGCCGUGUUGCCGGGAGGCAUUGUUGACUAG